AUGGCUUCUAUUGCCGACCCGCCAGUUCAAACGGCUGACCUGUACCCAGCCCGAAAUCUUCCAGAGGAACUGAUCUUUGAAAUCCUUUCAAGACUCCCAGCCAAAUCUUUGGGCAGAUUCAAAUCUGUUUCGAAACCAUGGCGUUCUUUGAUCUCAAGCUCCAACUUCAUCAAAACCCAUUUCCGAACUGCCUGUGGAAGUGAUGAUUUGGAUCAUAAAACCAUCAUCUUUAAAUUAUUACUAAAUUCCCCAGGUCGUUUCUCCGAUGUGAAGCAAUGUUCUCUCAGUUCUGUUGUGGCCCCCGGUGAAGCUUUCACCAGUGCCGAGCUAUCUGACAGUGAUUAUCUAAUGAAAGAUACAGGUAAUUCGUUUAGAAUUGUGGGUUCUUGUGAUGGAUUUGUUUGCAUUUCUGUUGAUGAUGGAAAAGAUUUGUUUCUGUGGAACCCUUGUAUCAAGAAGUCUAAGAAAUUGCGUGAUAGCUAUAUAGAGAAUCGGCUUUUUCGUAAUGAUGUAUUGGGGUUUGGUUAUGAUGAAUUGAAUGAUGAUUACAAGGCCGUCCGGUUAUGUGUUCAUGUUCCCAGUGGACAUGUUACUGAAGUUAGAGUGUAUAGUUUAAGGAAUGAUUCUUGGCGUCCAGUUGGAUUAGGUAAGGAUGUUCUCCGGGCUGGAUCUCAUUCUGGACAAUAUGCAAAUGGUAAUCUUCAUUGGGUUAUGGCCAUAUAUGGUGUUAUAAGUUGGAAAUUUCUCAGCUUUGAUUUGGCCAGUGAGACAUUCGUGGAAAUCGAGUGGCCAAGUUCCAAAGAGGGUCUAGAUGAUUGGUCAGUUGGAACUUUGCGAAGCUGCCUUUGUGUUCUUUAUGAUUAUGAGAGAAGUUAUGUAGAUUUGUGGAUUAUGAAGGAGCAUGGAGUGAAAGACUCAUGGACAAAACUCGUUUCCGUUCCUUAUAUAGAUCUUCCUGAAAAUUGUACAUCCUCUUUGCCUAUUUGCAUGUUAAGUAAUGAUGAUAUACUGUUGCAAGUCGGUUCAAUGUUGGUACUUUACAGUCCAAAGAGUAAGACAUUCAGGUGGUAUCCUGGAAUAAACAACGUCGUCGAAGUGAGUAUAUUCACUGAGAGUUUGUUAUCACCUUAUUUCCAUGAUGAAGAGCAGAGGCAGGCCACUCCAGUUAACUAA